AUGCCUAGGUUUUCGGUCGCGUUCGGAAGGCGGAAGUCGACCGCUGAAAACGCUGACAAUGCUCCGGCUGAGUCGUCCUUUCGUGUCCUGGAGCGCCCCGACGCCGGGAACAAGUUCCACGAGGCUGGCAAGUCUUUCGAUGGGACCAUAAGGUUGGGAGGCAAGACCCCUUCCAGGCCCAAAACGAGUGGCAGCGACAUACAUCACGACAACUUGUUCGCCGGCAUCAACAGGGGAAGCGCAUCCUCGAGCACCACCAAGGCCACCUCGACUGACAACUCCUCGCGCCAUAGCAACUCUUCCACUGCCCCAUCAUCCGCUGAUUCUGGUGAUGUACCGGUCCCGCCUAUUCCCAAGUCUUCAUCGGGUGGAUUCUUGAAGGCUGCCGGCCGAACAUUUUCUUUCGGGGGAGGAAAGAAGCCUCUACCCAUCGUACCGGCCCAACAAGAGCCAGUUCCGCACCUGAGUUCCGAAGCCCAGGACUAUAAUCACGUCUUGGCGCCUACUAGACCAAGGGCUACAACUACUUCAACCUCGACGACCGUGACACCACCCAGAGUGGACGACGACCUUGGUAUGGACUUGGGGGGUGACUUUGGGAAGAUGGUGCUUGGAAACGAAAAAAGGGCCUCCAUGGUGGGCAACCAGAACAAUCAGGACAACCAGAACAGCCAGAACUACCAGAACAGCCAUGCUACACAACCCGGCUUGGGACCGAGAUCCUUGACUGGAAACCGUCUCAGCCAGCCGUCGCCUAUUCAGGUUGACAGAACCGCAAAGGUUGAGCCCGCGCAACCGUCGUGGACUAGCCAGCACUCCAACGACCAGCUCCUCUCACCGACCAGCCCUCCCCAUUCGCCCCGAAACAAAGAGGUGGCCUCUCCUCUGUCUCGUCACAUGUCGCCCUUGGCUCGCGAGGCAAUCCGACCAAGCGCAUCCCCGGAAUCAAACCCAAGAAAGCCGUUGCUCGCACAUCGGAACUCGGACGCAGAACUGGGUGAGGGUGAAGAUGAGGAGGCAAGGCUUUUGAUGGAUUCGUUAUCUACUGUGAGCAAGUAUAUGGAUGCCCCUGAAAGGGCUGCGGGAUCUACAUCUGGCCCUUCUUCUGGUUCACGGUACCGCAGGGGUGGAAACGGUCUGCCCUCUGGGUUCAAGGACACCGCUCUGGGUGACGACGACAGCCUUUUCGAUACCAACCACAGCUACGCAUACGAAACAACAGUGAGCCGCAAUCGUGCCCAAAACUCGCAGUCGCAAGGGGCCAACAAGGUCAUGACUCCGGCCGAGUUCGAAAAGUAUCGCAAGGACAAGGAACGUCAGGACAGGGAGCGACAAAUGGAGUCUGCCAGAAACCAAGACCAGAGCGCUGCGGGCGAGGAAGACGAAGAGGACAACUAUGAUGAUGAGGAGGAUGAUUUGGAAAAGGCAAAGCAGCAAGCAAAGCAAAGGAAGAAGCAGGAAGCCCACAUGGCCGUUUACCGACAGCAGAUGAUGAAAGUAACUGGAGAGUCGGCAAACGCACCCAUGCCACGGCCUAACCUCCAGAUGUCUUUCAGCACUCCAAAUCUGCAGAACCCUGCGACUGGGCCAGCCACGUCUGAUAACUCGGAUGAAGACGAGGAAGUUCCAUUGGCCAUUCUCGCCGCCCAUGGCUUUCCGGGCAAGAACCGACCUCCGACCCGUCUGAGCACCAUGAUGUCGAACCCUAACCUCCGCGCCGCCCAGGAACCUAGCUAUCAACGGCCAGGGUCUGCAGCUGGCGGAGCAAUGGCGGCAGGCGGCCACCUCCCAGCUUUUGCCAGGAACUUGCCUCAAGACCCCUUCAUCGGUGCCGGUCUCGCUCGCAACAAUCCGCGGGAGAAUUUUGGCCUGGGAGGAGGAAGCCCUGCUCCUAUUAAUAUGAACCCGGGUGGUCCUCCUGGUGGUCUAAUUGGUGUCAUUGCAAGCGAAGAAAGAGCGAGGGCGAUGAGACGGGGCAGCCCUCAUAUACCAGAUCAACGGCCCAUUUCUGGUGCUGCCACCUUUGACCCGAUUGCCGGCAUUCCUCCGCACAUGAUGUACCCCAACAAGCCCAACCUGAUGACGCCUGGGGACCAAGCCCAGAUUCAAAUGACCCAGCAGAUGCAGCAGUUCAUGCAAAUGCAGAUGCAAUUCAUGCAGAUGAUGGCGGGUCAGAACGGCACUGGAGCACCGCGCCCAGAAGGGCAUAUGGCCACAGGUUCCAUCGGAAGCAUAGGCUCCGCCGCCGGCAUGCCUGGGUUCGCCGGAUUGCCGCAAAUGCCUGGAAUGUCUGGUGUUCCUGGUGGCCUAGGACUGGGCGGACCUGAUAUGCGUCACUCUUUCAUGGGCAACGAGUCGAUGCUUGAUGUGCCUCCCCCCCGGGGUGAUGCCCAGAUGCGUACCAUGAGCAUGGUUCAGCCCAGCUCGGCAUCUUGGAUCCAUCCUCAACAGCCUGCUGGCUUUGCCCCAUCCAUCCGGGUCACAGGAGGCUACGCGCCGUCAAUUGCGCCGUCGGAACGCAGCAACGUUGGCCUUCCUGGCCGCUACCGACCCGUAUCCCAAAUGGCAGCUCCAGCUCUACCACCGAUGCCGGUCGUGCAGCCGUUGGGGGCGAGCCAUAUGCGCAAGUCCUCGACCAUGUCGGGGGCCAACCAGCCUACUGUUACCGUGAAGCAGUCUGGCAGUGCCUCGGAUGACGACGACGAUGAGCAGGGAUGGGAAGCCAUGAAGGCCAAGCGUGAGAAGAAGAGGUCCCUGUGGAAGAGGAAGAAGUCAGUGAGCGGUGAUGCCGGCACACUAAUCAUGUAA